CUCCUAGAUGACACACCAAAACUAGACAUCAGAAAAGAUCAGUGGUUUGAUUCCUUCUACACUGGGGAGAAAGUCCAGCUUGGUUGUAACAUGCCUGGUGAUGGUUGGGAGUAUGACUGGUAUAAAGGCUCAAAACACUUGAUCUCAAAUCCAAAUCAUACCAUCAACUCAGCAUCUCUCUCUGACACUGGUGACUAUCACUGCACAGCAAAGAGAGGAGACUUCCCAGUGAACAGUGAGUCUUUUCAAGUACAAGUUGAAGCACUUCCACCUGCGGUUCUAAAUAUGGAGACUGAAUUGAGCGACAUCAUGUCUGGGAAUAUCCUGACCCUCAGGUGUAACGUCUCAGACGGCAGACAGUGGAGCUAUGCCUGGUUCGAGAACGAACAGAGGCUCAAUGGGUCGUCAGAUAUGUUCAAAGUGACAGCAACUGAAAAAACUAUUAAAAGUGAAUUCAAGUGCAAGGGAAUACGGACAGAAAGACCACUGUACUCUGCUCUGAGUGAGGGCUUCACAGCCAAUAAUAUUAUAUUAAAAAGAAAAAUUCUGCUGGCCAUCUCAGGAUGUGUCGUCUGCUGUAUUGUAUUCCUGAUCAUUGGAUGCCUCGUUCUAAGAAUCACCCGUAAACCAGAGAAAAAAGAAACAGUACCAGAUGACUUAUUUUUCUCAAUGGCAGACUCCAAGAACCAAACGGCUUCACCCUUGGAGGAGUACAUGGACAACAGUCCCACAGAGAUGGAAGAAUGUGAGGAAAAAGAAGAACUGCUCACUGAUCGUGUUUCAGACGUUCAUGUGGAUGGUGUGAUUAAAGAUGAAGACUCACCAGCGGCAGAAGCUAAUGGCCUGACAUCAUUUAAAGGAAUCUGAACCAUUAUGUCAGCAAUCAACAUUGCAAUGGAGUUUCUAUAUUUGCACUGAGACAGCUAAAUGACAUAUGCUUAUAUUAAAAAAGAUUGCAUUAGCAUGGCAUUUUGUCUAGUAGCAGCUGCACUUUUAAAGGCUGAAAACCAGCUUGUUUACUGCUUGAGAAAAUGUAGAAUUGAACAGCACUGUUAUGGAGACAGCAUGCUGCCUUAAAUGAAGACAGUGAUUGUAGGGGAGACGAAUAACGGACAGCAAGAAAUGACAAUUAUUAGAAGAAAUCGAAGUUAUAUCUGUACAUAGUUUGAUUAAUUUGUUACUUGCAAAUACAAAUAUUACAACAGGACACCAUAGAUUUUUUUUUGUGAUUGUAAUACAUCUACUGGAUUGUUUUGUUGUUAUUUUGUAUUUGCAUAUUGAACAAAAUAUUUUUUUUUCUACUGUAUGAGUGCCACCUGCUUCAAAAUAAUUAUGUAGUUUAUGCACCUUUAAUUUGAGAAAUUGUUUCUGUGUGUUUGGGUUUUUAGUGUGUUGGUUCUGGAUUUUUACAUUUAAAUAAACAUGUUAGACUAACACAAAGUUAGACUUUCAUUUGA